UUUAAUAUUUCUUUAAUAUAUAAAAAUAUAUAAUUUAUAUUUUAAAUAUAUUCUCUAUUUUUUUGAAAUUUUCGAAAUUUUAAUAUAUAAAAUUUCGAAUUUUUUUAAAUUAUCGAAAUUUAAUAUAUUAUUUUUCUAUAUCAAAAAAUAUAUAUAUUAAAAUGUCGAGAGAGUCCGGUAGAAGGUCCGUGGAUAUGGGCGCCGUGAAUCAAAGUUUGAGGAGAGGCAAAGCUAAAGCCACCUCCGACGGUUCGACCUCACGCGGUUCUCGAGGAAGACACUCCGUCUCUUCGUUUCCUACUGUCCCAGAUCAUUUAAUCGGGGACGCUAUGACGGAUGAAGAAUUCAACCAGAUUUAUUCUAGUAGAGGAGACGCGAAUCUCCCCACUCUUGAUAGUCUAUUCGAGGAUGUUGAUGAAGCAGAACUGGAUAAUCUUGACGGGGACGAUGAGCCUACACCGCAAAGCAACGACGUCGACGUGGAGGCAGGGUUAUACGGUACUGUACAAGAAGAAACAGCACCACCUCCGCCCCCGAAAUCAAAAAAAGGUUUUGCCGGAAUAGUCGGUGACCUUCUUGCAAAGAAAGGGAAGCGUGCCCAGUCUUCGACGAGUUCAAGUGGUACAACAGUAAGCUCGCACAACGAACUUGCUAUGUACCAGGGUGUGACAUGCGAUUACGUUGACGACGACAUCGAUUUUGACGUGCUCGGAUGGUGGAAGCGGAACGAACACAUGUUCCCAUGUCUCGGCAUGCUAGCAAGACAAGUGUUGUCCAUCCCGGUAUCAGCCGUAGCAGUUGAACGAGAAUUCAGUGCUGGCGGCAACAUUCUAAACGACUACCGAAGUUGUCUUAAUGCUGAAUCUCUUGAAACACUGGCGGGGAGAGAAAUACUGAUGAUGGGAAUCGAUUCAACAUGGGUGGGACGAAAACCAGUGAGACGCCUGGGCGGGAUGUCCGAUGCCCUUUCUAUUGCCGCCGAUCUGGGCUUCGCCGUUUCUCCCCCUCCGUCACAGGAGGAGAUCCAGUGUUUUUCCAGUGGCUCUGGUGAAAAGAGUGAUGAAUUGGUAAGGGUGUUGAAGGAGCUUACUGCUGUCCAAAGAAAAAUUGCAGACUUGCAAGUGGAGCUUCAGGGCAGAAAGGAGGAUAAGAACAUUGCCCAUCUAACGCAUGUUAGUGAAAUGGAAAAAAAGAUCAAGACUUUGGCGAGAAUCACAACUAUAUUGAAAGAUGUUAUUCAGAACAAGGACCGUAUAAUUGCUCGGCUUCAACAACCAUAUUCAUUAGAUUGCAUUCCAGUGGAAGCAGAAUAUCAGAAACAAUUUUCUGAACUACUGAUGAGGGCAGCUAGUGACUACAGUGCAUUGACGACAUCUGCAGCUGACUUCCAGUGGAGCCAAAAUUUUAAAGAUCCACCAACGACAUGGGCAGAAAUGCUUCGUCCUAUCCCCGUGGCAUUGGCUUCAUGCACCAGAUUCUUUGAAGCCAUGUCUGCAAUGAGGGAGUCAUUUGCCACACUUCAAGCGUUAAGUGCCCGUCCUCCUUCCUCCAGUGCAACACCAAACAAGGCUCCUUUGCAAAGUGACCAAACAAGGAAGAAUUCAGAUUGUCUGACUCCACCUCGGAGAACAGAAACGAGUUUUGAUGAUUUGGCCAUUAGACGCGAAGGGCAAGCAAAUGAGCUGCAAGAAGUUGCAAGGGGCAGGGAACACGGCGGUGCUGUUGAAAGCCGUAGACUAUCAUGGCCUACUCCGGUUAAAAAAUUUGUGACGAACGGAAUUUCCCGACUCCAAUCCAUCUCCGCCUUCAUCAUGAAAUCCGGCGACAACUCAUCCACGGCGGCUCCACCGCAAUCGCGAUCGAGUUAUGCCUCGGCAGUCACCAGAAUAGCGGUGGCUCAGAUCUGCGGCGCAGCCGGUUACGCGGCGGCGGAAUCCUCGGCCAUCGCGGUCCUGACGGACAUCGCCGCCCUGUACCUGAACGCGAUCGGCAAAUCCGCCGCGUCCUCCGCCAAUUCCAGCGGCCGCACGGAGUCCAACCUCCUCGACGUCGCGGCGGCGCUGGAGGAGCUUGGCUCCGUGCAGGGCUUCCCCGGCGCGUCGGAUCCUCCUUCUUCAAAGUCCACCUUAUUAAACUCCGCCGUGAUCGGAGGCCUCCAAAAGUUCGUCAAUUACACGGAGGAGACGCCGUUCGCGAGGCCGCUCCCGAGGAACGUUUUACACCGAAGAAAAACGAAGCUGCCGUUAAAACGGGGCGCCGGCGAGUAUGACUCGGAGAAGCUCAGGCACGUCCCCAAGUGGUUGCCGUCGAUGCCGGAGAUCGAGAGAGACGCGAAAGGGGAGGAGACUUUGGGAUUCGGCCGGAGAAUAGAAUCGGAAUCGGAAAAUCAGGAGGGAAAGGGAAAGAGAAAGAACUCGCCGGAAAGAGAAAGAAAAGGAACGGAACUGCCAUGGAAUAGGAGGAGAAUAAGGUUUAAGGUCCGGAAGCGGGGGGAAUGUAGCCAUGGAGUUGAUAGGGGGGGAGCAAUGGGGAAGCGGGUUUCAUGGGCGAAUCUGAAUCUGAAUCUUAGUGGGAAAUCUUUGAUUAGCACCAAGAAAUUCGAAUUGGAUCGACCAAAUAGUAUGGUUAUGUUGUGACCAAAAAUUUUGCACCAAAAAGUUUUGGAUCCAACUUGAAAUUAAUUUUUUGUUCAAAAUAUGUGAGCGUGCUAAGUAUAUAAAAUAUUUAAAUAAGUACAAUAUAAUUUUUAUAUCAUGUAAGAUUAUAGAACUUUUGUAUUUGUAUAAUAUACUCUCUUUGUCCCG